AUGUUUUAAAGAAUCAAAGAUUUAGUUGCAGAUUUUCCUUGGGAUGAUGAAGUUAAACCAAAGAGUUCUUUCUUCUUUAUCAAAGACACAAUAUACAAUAAUGCUAACUUCACGAUUUCUUAGAUUUUAAACAUUUAUUUAAAGAAAAAUGAUGGAGUUUCUUUAAUUGCUGCUACUUAAAAUUAUGCACACUACUUGAACACACUAAAAAGAACUGGAUAAAAUAUUGUCCCAUAUAUUACAAGAGAGUAGCUUACAUACAUAGAUUUGUUUUCUAAUUGUAAUGAUUGGGUUCCCGAAGAUUUACCUUUUAUUGAAGAAACUCAUUAAAGUUGGUCAGAACCUCCUUCAAAUGCCUUAAAGUUGUAGCUUAAGGAUAACAACGAGUAAGAAUAUUAUACUAAAAUAGUAAAAAAAAUAGAACUUUCUUUGGACAAGUAGGAAGGUAAUCCAUCUAUAAUUAUUGAUAAUCUAACAAACCUUUUUGAUAGAACUUAAAAUAAAGCACUUUUGUAUACUUUUGUUUGUAGUUUGAUAUAGCUUUGCAAAACUCAUUCAAAAAAGCCUUCUCUAUUUAUCCUUUCUACUUGUACAUUCGAUUAAGAUUUAUAGAGACUACUCGGUAUAAUAGAAAGCUAUGCAGAUUCAAUAAUUGAAGUAUUUGAAAAUCCUAGUGGAUAUCAAAAAGAUAUAGCUGGAUAAAUAGUCAUUAAAGUAAAGAAAAACAAUAAAAUUGCAAAAUUCUUGUACAGUCUUACAGAAAAUUCUGUAGAAAUUAAAGAUACAUACACUAUUUGA